UGCACCCAAUGAGAACUGCCAUGACAACAGAAAAAGCUCAGAAAAUGUACCAAGACAAGAGGUAGUAUCCCAUCUCAUAUAAAAGCACGUCUUGGAGUGUUCAAAGUCAGUUGAUCUGCAUCAUCGUAGUAAACCAAGCUCAAGAAUCAUGAAGACCUUCAUUGCCCUUUUCGCCCUCGUGGCCGCCGUCUGCGCUGAGGCUGACCCUUAUCUUCUCUACAACGGAGCUUAUGGCUAUGCUGGACUUGGUGCCGCACCUCUGGCUUAUGCCGGAUACACCGGUGUCCCCCUGGCUUACGCCUCCCCCUACGCUUUGGGCAAGUCUGCUCCCUGUGUGAAUGCUGCCAAUGUCCCCGUUCCUUGCGCCGCUGCUCACUACGUCAAGCGUGAGGCCGAGGCCGAGGCCGAGGCUGAUCCCGCCUACUUGUACGCCGGUCUUGCCACUCCUUAUGCCACUGGCUACAAUGGCAUUGCCCAUGUUGGUGCUUACAACGCUCUUCCUUAUGCCUACAACACCGGAUACCCCUAUGCUUACAACGCCGGUCUUAUCCACUCCAGCCGUGUGGGUGUCUGCACCAACUAUGUCGGCCAACAAGUCCCCUGUUAAACUACCCUCGCAUUACGACCUCAACCUCAUCUCUUAACAAAGUUAGUCUGAGUGAGAACGCUCAAAUUGAUCCGGGCGAAUGAGAAGCACAUCCCACAGGAAAUUGCUCAAGGAAAAUGCUUUAAUACCAAAAACAUAAAGCAAAUAAAUAAAUCUGAUUUUUUUCCUUCA